AUGCUCUCCCUUCUCCUCCUUCUUGCGCCCCUUGCGGCUGCCCACGGCCAUGUUGACAAGGUCAUCGCAGACGGCAAGGAAUACCAAGGCUGGAAUGCUGCGCUCAAGUACCAGAACCCCAUCCCGGCCACCGUCGGCUGGCAAGCGGACAACCUCGACAACGGCUUCGUCUCCCCUGACAGUUUUGGCACUGCGUCCAUCGUAUGCCACAAGCAAGGCAAGAGUAAUGGCGCCUACGUUUCUGUAAAGCCCGGCAGCAAAGUCACUUUCAAGUGGGACACCUGGCCAGCUAGCCAUGUUGGCCCAAUUCAAGAAUAUAUCGCGGCCUGCAAUGGCGACUGUGGCUCUGUCAGCCCCACAAGCCUCCAGUGGACAAAGAUCCAAUCCAGUGCCUGGAAGUCAGGAAGCAACCCCGGUACCUGGGCUACUGAUGAUCUUAUUAAGAACAACUUUUCCUGGGAUCUUACUAUUCCUAACCUUGCGCCUGGCAACUACGUUGUUCGCCACGAGAUCAUCGCGCUGCACGCUGCCGGUCAAGCCAAUGGCGCCCAGGCUUACCCUCAGUGCAUCAACCUUAAGGUUGAGGGCUCUGGAACUACGAAGUUGAGCGGUGGUGUUCCCGCUACUAGCUUCUACAAGGCGAACGACGCUGGUAUUCAGUUCAAUGUCUUCAGGUCUUUCGACAGCUACCCUACUCCUGGACCUGCCCUCAACAAGCUCUCCAAGCGCCAUGCGAAGGACCUUGAGUACUAG